CGGACAGGAUUCUCGCAAAACUGGAUCCGGAUUUCCUAAUCGGCGCAUUUUCGGUUCUUCUAUCAUCCACGCAAAGAAAAUGAUGUAAAUUGUAUCACAAAUAUCGUUUAUUUACCGACUGUGACACAUCAGAAAAGCGUCAGUAUCUUAUUUUUGCGUAGAAUAUAUCAUUUUUCAGAAAUCGUGUACAAAUGUCAUUGUCGUUCCAUGAAAAACAAGUUUUCCGUGUUUCCCCUGCAGCUCGCUGGCUCGGAAGGAGCAGGGGGAAAACAAACACGUCGAAGGGAGAAAGAUUGGUAGCCGGUGAGAUGUGAAGAUUGUCAGCCGCGAUUAUCAUCGUAUUCGUGUGUGUGUUUGUUCUGAACGUUGUUUUUUUAAACUUGGAGCCGUCGUGUGUCGCCGGCCGGCUGUGUUCACCGUGCGGGUUCUGCUCCUCGAGUAUGUGGUCGCUUCCUAACGGUUCGUCAGUGUUACCGGAGCGCCCGGUCCUCCCGCUGCGGGUUGCUGUUUUUCUCGACACUGUUGAUCAACUAUAAAUCGACGGCCGUCCGUACAGCAUCGAGCGGGUUUUCCCCCCACAUUUGUGCAUUUUGCAUUGAAUAGAUUUCCGCAAUGCAUACGCGGCGUCUGGUGAAGCGGUCGAUCCUCGGCAGUCGCGUUUAUGCGUCGAGUCCUACGGGGGACGGGGCGCCGGUGACAGGAGUGGUCCAGGCUGUCAAGCAGGAAAACAGCGACGUCUCCUCCACCACCUCCACCACAGCACCGCGGCGCAACGUAUACACCGUGCUCCUGCAGGACGGCAGCCUCAAGGAGUUCUCCGAAGAGGAGAUUGCCUCGGGGGCCAACAACCAAACGCCGGCCAGAGGACCGCUGAAGCCGAGUUUGAAGCAGAACUCCAACAAUGGGUUUGGCGAGGGUCCGAAGGGAGAGGCCCCUGAGGAGCAGCGGCUGGCGGAGGGCAAGCGCCCGGGCCGGCCCCUGGACCCCGACGCCCGCUCCGUGUCCCUGCUGGAGCAGAAGCGCAAAGUGGUCUCCUCCAGCAUAGACGUCCCCCAUGCCAGGCGCUCAGAGGAGGAGGUGGACAUGGACAAGGUGACGGCUGCCAUGGUGCUGACCAGCCUCUCCACCAGCCCAUUGGUCAGGAGCCCGCCCGUCAAAGUCGGCGAGGCCCUGGUGGGCUCCUGGAAGGACCCGGGCUCCGCGGGGCCCCUGGCCCCGUCCAGCUACAGCUCGUCGGGGGGCUACUGGAGCUGGUCGGCCCCCAGCGACCAGUCCAACCCCUCCACGCCGUCGCCGCCCCUCUCCGCCGACAGCUGCAAGCCCUUCAGGGUGCCCAGCCUGGGGAACGGCGGCGGGGGGGCCCCGGGGCCCGAGGACCCCAGUCUGGACGACCAGGACGGCAGCAGCCUGCUGUUUGACGAGCCCAUCCCACGCAAGCGCAAGAACUCCAUGAAGGUCAUGUUCAAGUGUCUCUGGAAGAACUGUGGAAAGGUGUUGAGCACUGCAGCGGGCAUCCAGAGACACAUACGCACUGUGCACCUGGGGCGGAACUGCGACUCGGACUGGAGCGACGGCGAGGAGGACUUCUACUACACGGAGAUCAAGCUGAACACAGACGAGGGCCUGGGCGGCCCCUCCCCCGCCACGCCCUCUGUCCUCUCCCCUCCGCUGCCCCCUCACCCCCACCCUCCUCCCCUCUCCCACCUCCCCCCCGCCGCCGGCCCCGCCCAGCCCAGCGGCGGCGGCGACGCCCACCGGGGGGGCGGGGCCACGCCCCUGAGUCGCUCGGCGCCCAGCGCGCUCUACCUCAUACACGCCGACCACGCCUACCAGGCCACCGCCCCGGUCUCCAUCCCCUCGGCCGACAGCGGCGGUGGGGGUCCGGCCGUCGGCAGCUUCACCCCCACCAACAGCUUCAGCAUCUCCUGGCAGUCCCCGCCCGUCACCUUCACCGGGAACUCGGUGUCCCCCUGUAAGAGCCAGAGCUUCAGUGAGCAGCGGCCACAGACCAUCGCCGUGCUGUCCUCCCCGCCCAGAGCCACGGCCGCCAUCAGCCGGAAGGUGCGUGGAGAGGGUAAGAAGUGCCGGAAGGUGUACGGGAUGGAGAACCGAGACAUGUGGUGCACAGCCUGCCGAUGGAAAAAAGCCUGCCAGAGAUUCACCGACUGAGGCUCCGCCGUGCCCACCACAGAACCAACUCACCCCGCCUCCACGACGCCCCCGACCCCCGGGGCUUUGGCCUCCUGGGAAUGGGCUGGGGGGAAGAAGUGUGACGACCAACAUUCUGCAUGCUCAUCAUCCCUCGACAUUUGUGUCAAUAUCUGGCUUCGCCCCCUUAAGCUCCCGCCUACUGCUACUCUGCACCAAUCCCGUGGUUGAAGAAACCAAAGGGGCAGCCGGGUCCACCAAUAGCAUUCCCCGUCCAGGUUGCCCCGGUGCUUUAUGCCCGUCCUUCCUUCCUUCCUUCCUUCCUUCCUUCCUUCCUUCCUUCCUUCCUUCCUUCCUCCCUACCUUCCUUCCGUCCUUCUCUCCUUCCCCGGACUUCGGGGAAAACCCACGUGCAGCUAAACAGGGGAAGAAAAAGAACCGAAUUGACGCAUAUCUGCGGUUUUAUAUUGUUUUUGGAGUUUUGUGCUGUAUCUUUCUAUGUAACUCUCCCAUCUGUUCUUCAAUGGAAAGUAUACAAAGUGAAGUUCAGAAGUAGUUACGAAACCUUUUGGUCCAUAGAACUCAAGAAGGCAAGUGAGGUCUUGGCUUGAGUGUUGUUUUGUCCGAGGUGGCGGUGGUGAAGGAGGAGAGGCUUCCCUCUUCUCGCCUCCCCGUGUCCCACUCUUUAUAGUGGGCCAUUUCUAACCCCCCGCCCCUUUUGCAGCUUCUGUGGCUCAGCACAGGACGGUGUGGGUCACAGGAUGGAGGGCCGGGGGGCAAGGUGUAGUCAUAGACCCAGCCGGAGGCCACAGGACAUACCAUAAUGAAUGAUCAACGAAAAAGACUCCAUAUACAAACACAAAAUAUUCCAUUUCCAGUCAGGGAAGGCAGAUGGUACAGACCGCAGCAGACUGCACGCGGACACAACCGGUACUAUUUUAUAUCUCUUUCACUUUUCUAACUGAAUUUGUUUGUCUUUUUUUUGUAUCAGGAAUGUGAUUUUAAAAGACAGCAAAAAAAAUAAUCUGCAAGAAAAACUGGUCAAUACAGCACCACUCACAAAUGAACCGUUUCUCACACGUCACACAAAAACAAUAUGUCACAACCAAAAUGUACUCUCUGUUCUUGGUAUCCUUUAAUGAGUCUGUGUACCAUGGUGUUCUAUUGUUUUUUCUUUUGUUAUUUCGGCUGUGUCCAAUUAGUCAGCUCAACCGGAGGGGGCAGGGGGAAAGGCUCAUAACCAAAAGUAAGGCACUUGCACUGUCUGUGUGUUUGUGCGUGUGUUUGUGUGUGUGUGCGUGUGCCUGUGUGUGUGUGUGUGUGUGUGUGUGUGUGUGUGUGUGUGUGUGUGUGUGUGUGUGUGUGUGUGUGUGUGUGUGUGUGUGUGUGUGUGUGUGCCUGUGUGUGUGUGUGUGUGCCUGUGUGUGUGUGUGUGUGCCUGUGUGUGUGCGUGUGUGUGAUGGAGCACUUCUAGAGAGUUGAUAACCUCUUGUUACUCCCAUCAUGCCCUGGAUAUUGUGAUCACCAAGCUAGUAGAGGAACUCAGACAUUAAGGAAGCCUAACAUAAAAUGCACUCUGUUUUAAGAACAGUGGCUCUUUGACUAGCUCUAACUCACAUUGUUAACAGACUUAAAGUGUCAUGCAAUGGUGAAAUGGUCAAAACUAGCUUUUAUCACUGGUCUCCAUGUCGGCAAAAA